CCCCAGCGCGACCCAGAUGGGAAGUAGGAAGUGCGGCGCCUGAGCUUCCUGUAUAAAUACACGCGCGGCUGCCGGCGCCGCCGCUGGCGAGCUGCGCCCCGGCUCCGCGCGGCCCGGGGCGCCGGGCGGGGGGGGCAGCGCGCGCGCCUGGCGGGUCCCCUCCCCCUGCCCCUCCCCCCUCCGGUCCCGCGGCCGCCCCGCGGGGUGCGGAGCUGGAGCGCGGACGGCCGCGCCGGGAACGAUCUGGCUCCGCCUCCCCGGGGCGCGCGGGCCAGGCUGCUGCGAAGCCCCGGCGGCGCCCGGGGGCCCGAGCCCUCCCGCCAGGGGUUGAGGAGACUGAAGACGGCUGAGGACGGGCUGAUGGGCUCGGCUGGUACGUUCCACUAUCUCACCAUGACCACCGAAAAUCCGACGCCGGGAGACCUGGCUCCGUCCCCCCUCGUCACUUGCAAACUCUGCCUGUGCGAACAGUCCCUGGACAAGAUGACCACACUCCAGGAAUGCCACUGCGUCUUCUGCACAGAUUGCUUGAAACAGUACCUGCAGCUGGCGAUCCGAGAGGGGUGUGGGUCUCCCAUCUCUUGCCCUGACACGGUGUGCCUCAGCCAUGGGAUCCUGAAGGAAGCGGAGAUUGCCUGCUUGGUACCUGUGGACCAGCUUCAGCUUUAUCAGCGGUUAAAAUUUGAACGAGAAGUUCACCUGGACCCCUGCCGAACAUGGUGUCCUGUCGCAGACUGUCAGACAGUGUGCCCCGUUGCAUCAAGUGACCCAGGGCAGCCAGUACUGGUGGAGUGUCCUUCUUGUCACCUGAAAUUCUGCUCGUGUUGCAAGGAUGCUUGGCACGCAGAAGCCUCCUGUAGAGAUAGUCAGCCUGUUGUCCUGCCGACUGAGCACGGGGCCCUCUUUGGGACAGACCCAGAAGCCCCCAUUAAGCAAUGCCCCGUCUGUCGGGUUUACAUCGAACGCAACGAAGGCUGUGCUCAGAUGAUGUGCAAGAAUUGCAAGCACACCUUUUGCUGGUACUGUCUCCAGAACCUGGAUAAUGACAUUUUCCUCAGGCAUUAUGACAAAGGGCCGUGUAGGAAUAAGCUUGGCCACUCAAGAGCUUCAGUGAUGUGGAACCGAACUCAGGUGGUGGGGAUUCUGGUGGGACUGGGCAUCAUUGCCUUGGUGACUUCACCCCUGCUGCUCCUGGCCUCCCCCUGCAUCAUCUGUUGUGUCUGCAAGUCCUGUCGGGGCAAGAAGAAAAAGCACAGCCCAUCCGCAACCUAGAGGUCUCUGUUCACGUCCGUGUGCCACAGAUGUCCGGGGUUCUAACGAGAAGCACAGUGAGAAAGCCCCACUUAGUGAACUUGCCUCCUCCUUGCCAACCUUUGAAAAGUGCCUGUGUCCAGACUUUGAACUUGCCUUUGGCACCAGGAAAGGCCCAGCCCUGGCACACGUGUUCCCGUGUGAAAGAACUGGGCUGUGCCAUCUAGGCUGUGUCUGUGGAACAUGUCGGGAAGCUCUGGGGUUGCUGAGAAAGAACUGACCCACCAUCGUUUUAUUUGCCCCCCCCCCCCCCCCCCCCCAAGGAUCCCACUGGAUUAUUUCACUUCUGGCCAGAUUCAAGGAGCCGGAGUGAAGUGAACAUUCAGUGUAAUACAUGUAUUGUCGCGUUGGCCGCACACAUCACAGCUGGGCAUCCAGCGUCUGCUCUGUGUCAGUUUGACCUCGAUCGCCAGGAGAAACGUGGGAGAAACCCCCGCUGUGGGAGGGAAAGAAUGACACCGCUUAAGGGGAAAUUGUCCCAAGAGCCGUGAAGCAGGCUGUGUAGCUUAGGAGUGGGUACGUUGGGCUCGGCCUCGGCCAGCCACCGGGUUCCCGGCAUUCCCGCAGCGACUUGGCAGAAACACAAUGGGUUGCUCCUUGUGUGAUCUCAGCUUCAAGCACAAAACUGCUGUGCGGAGGGAGUCGCCUUUUCCCAGGGAGAGGGCUGCAGCCUGUAACACGAUGCAGUCGGACCGAGUGGCUCUCCCCUGGCCAGUGCAGCUUUGCGAAGGUGAUAAACUCUCCUCCUCCAGCCAGUAGCCCUGGUCUGUGGGAUUGUUUUGUGUGAAAUACGCGUCCAGGGGCAGAGAGGUUCAAAACCUUCAUGUGGAUAGCAGAGACCUUUUCUGAGCUCUGCGUUCAUGCACCCAGCACAUUUAGAAUUGGACCUAAAAGUCCACAGCAAGAGUGAGUAUCAAAGUCCGUGUGUGAGUCUAGAAAUCCAGUAUAACUUGCUGCCUACCUAGACCCUCCAUCCACUGGGCAUGCGUGAGUAUAUCCAGUGGCACACACAAAACAAAUGUUUCCUGAAAGCCAUUCUGUCUUCCCUUCUGGGACUAAUACGCUUUAUUAGAAAUCAACCUGAAGAUUUUUUUUUGCAUAUUAUAUAUGUAAAUUUUGGUUGCAAGUCAUCACUUACUGAAAGGUAUAUACUCACAAACCCAACUCUUUUAAAACAACACCUCGCGGGAUAUCAUGCCAUCUCAGUGCAUAAAAACACUGAGAAUCAAGUUAGUUACAUAUUUUUAAACACAGUUCAAGCAGCUGUCAACAAAGUUUAAUGUUGCUCUUGGAAGCCUCUGUCAGGGCGAGCCAAAUACUUCCUGUGUGUACAAGGCACUGAUCAAACAACAAAAAAACGUAAGAAGGAAACUGUAAAUGCUUUAUGUAUCAUAAAUAGCUUGGGUCUGCAUAGCCCCGUUGGGACUUAGUUUUCCCGUUAUCUGUUGGUGAGAUUUUUGAAUACACGGGUUUUGAAAAGACUGUAAUUUUUUCUCCGAUGACAGGACACCAUAAUUGCCCUUAGUGACGUAGUCUGGUGCUUCAUGGGAACACGUAAAACACUCUGGAGAGCUGUCCUCGGAACGAGGGACAGGCCAUCUGGGACUGCCAGAACCCAUGACAUUUUCCCGAGGGAACUGGGUAACUAGGUUGUUAAAUUGCUGCUCUCCUGGACCUAUUAUUAAGGACCGAUGCUCUGCCUGUGUGAUGGAAUGUGUCCUCAGUGGGGAUGUGUAGAGUUAAGGACCUUUGGUUCCCACGAGCAUGUCGAUACCUGAUAAACGUAUAGUACAUCUCGAUGUUGUGUACACUUUUAUUUACCAUUUGUACAGUACAUAGAUGAGGACUCUCGGAAAACUUUCAAAUGGCAACCAACCAAAAGCAUUUUUAAUCUUUUUUUUUUUUUGGGGGGGGGGCGUCUCAAUAUUAAACGUCUUUCUUUUCCUUUGAAAUUCUGAACACUUCAGAACAAGAAUACCUUCUAUCAAUGUAUUCCCUAUUAGUAUAAAUAGAAAUGUACAUAUAUUUGGAUAAUUUGCUUUGUCUUAACACUGCCUCAUUGUAGCACAGGGCAUUUAUAACUGCUCAGGGGAUCACAGGAACUCAGCUGAAAUUGAAUUUUUGUAUCAAGAAUGUCAGCAGUGGUAAUGUACUAUUUUGCAUGAGUGAACUCUCUAAGCUCUAUUCUGCAAAGAAUCUCUAAACAGGACUGAUUUCAAGUAACCUAAAAUCCUGUGUUAUUAGAGGCGGAGCUUCUGGAUUUUUUUUUUUUUUUUUUUUGUACGGGAUAGGGUGUUGGGGGGUUGCUUUUUUGAAACAGAUUUUAAACUGGAUUUAAGUUUCUAAAUAUUGAAAAGUGCCUGGAAAGUAGUGACUUCUUCCUUAAAUAGCUACACGAAGAGGCCUGUGUAAGAUUGUCAGAAUGAACAGGAAUAGGUCAGUAGGUUUAAACCCAGAUAUAUCUCUGGUGCCCCAAAGGGUGAGAGGCAAGCCGAUCUAGAAACUUUGUUUACAAAGGAGAGAGCUGACACUUGGAUAAAGAGACUGAUGUUUUCAUUUGGGAUAAUUGGCCAGUGAGAGAGUUUAACCUGUCUCCUUGCUCUGUCCAUCAGCUACAUCUUCUCCUAGUGAUUCUCUUUCCAGACUAGGAAGAAAGGGAUCUACAUGACAAUGUUUGGGUGUCGUGGCAAAAAAGUUUUGUGUUUGGAGUAGUACAGUCUAUUUGAAAUAGGAAUCAGAACUCCUUCACCCAAUUGUAAUCUGGAUGUAAGUGAUAGCCCCCCAUCUGGAAACACUAGCGGAUGUAAGAGCACAACAUGUAGCUGUCGCCCCUUCUGAGAAUUUUUUUUCUUCUUAUCAGGUAGGGAGGUCAGAGGAAAGCCAUAGGGAAGCUGAAUUUAGAAUCCUAGGCAUUCUGUUUGUUCACGCAAUGGGUGUUAGCUCUGGACUUGAAAUCUCUAGAUAAAGAGGCCUUUGAAAAACAAGUAAUUCACAGUGUGAAUUUCCUUGUACCCUGCAUCAUGAAAAUUUUACUUAUCCACAUUUGCAAGAUGUAUAUGUUUAUUUGAAUGUAAAUGACUGUUUCUUGAAACCCCAAAUUGUCUCUUAAAACUUAUUCCGAUCUACAUGCAUCUUGUUUUACCCUUCUUUACACAGUGCUUGACUUUCUGUUCAUGAAUGGAUGCCUUUAUGUAUAUAGUCCCAUGUAUAUAUAUGUGUAGCUCUGAAGAUAAUUUCAUAAUGCCUUAGAUGAAUGACAUUUUAUAAAGCUGUCAAAUUGAUGUCUGUAGGCUAUUACAUCUCAUGUUGAUUCACGAUCCAGAAAGUUUUGUUAUGUAUUUAAGAAAUUGCUGUUGUAUUAUAUUUUUCUGAUUAUUUGAGAGGAAAAUAGCUGUUUCAGUCUCUGUUGCCCCAAUAAAUGUGGAGCAGGAAAGCAAGUGUGGUUAA